GCUCGAGGCGUCCGAGACUGGUAUCGUCUUGAUCCACGCUGCGGCGAGGCUCGUGCCGGGCGCUCUUCGAUGGCCUCGCCGUCUCGGGCGGCGCUCGCGGCUUUGGGCGCUCUGGCGGCCAAUGCGCCCUGGCUAAUGCUCUCGGCCUCUCCCCAGGGCUCGCGGGCGGCGUGGGGCUGGUCGACCUCCACGAUCAAGUGCAUGCUGCCCGAGGGUGUGCUGUGCGCCAGCGACAACUCAACCUCCCUCGGCCCUGGCGAGGAGUGCACCGCCAAGUGCGAGUCGGGUGCCGAGAUCUCGGCGGUGCUCGCAGUUCUGCCGAUCGUGUGCCCGCAGACGGGCUGCGCGAACGUGACCGCCGGGGGCGCCUGCACUCAGGAGGCGGAGGCUCAGUGGGCGACACAGGUGGAGGUCGGCCUUUCGAAUUGGUGGGGCUGGUGCUCGUUUGGGAGCGAGUGCGCGACAAGCCCCACGCUCGCCACCGAGGUCGCGACCCGCUAUUUUAUCGCGUGCGGGGACCAGGAUGCCGUCGCCGGCGCCGCGCCGCGCAGGAGCUCGUCCAUGGGGGUGGCGUGGUGGCCAGCGCUGGGUGCCGUGGCAGUGCUGAGCGGGCAUUAGAUGCGCUGUCGCGUGGGCGAGGCCAGCGAAUUUUUUAGUGUCCCACCAUAAAUUUUUGGAGACCUCUAAGUCAAUAUCGUUUAGUCGAUCCGCAUCCCCACCGGGCCAUGGUAUUCCAGCCCCACCACCCCACCACCUCAGUUGGGGAUUGUCCCCUCGAAACUCGAAGGGAACAGCCUAUACCCCCGUCGAGGGGGUUAGGUCGGCCAGUGGGGUCCAGGCCACGCCAGUAGGGAUAGGGGAAAGGGAUCGGUUCAACGAUGCGCAGUAAGCGCGGAAGUUCUCUCUACAGGAUCGAAGCCGCCUCUGGUGAGUCACCGCCGCUGCCCGUGGUGGAUUUCCGGACGGGGUGUGGAGGGGACGCGCAAGUGCGCGGCGGGGUCGAGGGCAUGGCGGCAGAGGACGAAGAGCUCGCGGAGACUUCUUGAUGGACUAGCCGGAAGGGGUGGCGCGGGACUUGGUGCGCCCAACUCGCUUGUGGGUGAGCCGGAGAAGGCGGCGAAUUUGAGUCCUCUGGCGCCGGCCCUGCCUGGUGGCAGAUUCGUGGCUUGGCGGCGGGUUGGAACUGUCUGUGGGCCUCGUUGGGGAGGUCUUGUGGCUCUUCGGGGCCGCCCUGUUUCUCCUGACCCUUCCCUCCUCGCUCUCGUUUCCUUGUCGCCUUCGUGCCUCAACUCGCUCCGGGUGCACCCCAUCGCUUG